AUGGGGUUGGCACAGUGGCACGGUGGCUCAGUGGGUGGCACUGUUGCCUUACAACAAGAAGGUCCCUGGUUCGAGUCCCGGGUGGGUUUACUUCUGAGUAGUCCCAUUGAGAGAUGUCAGCAUGAACAUCAUGUCAUUUAUAAACUCCUGAAGGGUAUCCACAGUGUGACUUCUCAGGUUGGCUCACAUGAGCUGAAACAGAUCAGUACCAUUUCCACCAUCGAGACCUGGGACCGUGGACAGGUCGUUUUUGGACAUAAUGGAUUUUACAUCGUCCUGAUGGGCUCUUUGAAACCAUACAAUCGGGAAACGCUUAAAGAGGAACAGAAGCUCCCUACAAUUGCUGUUGGAGGUUCCUUUGGUUCUUUUGGACCUGUAAACGCUGCAGACGGAGAUGCUAUCAUCCAGUGUGUCCUCACGCUUGAGACCUGCGAGAUUCUAAAAAUAUCUCGUUUUGGAUACGAAAAGCUAAAAAAGGACAUCUUGGCACAGGAUCAUUCUGUUAAACUGACUAUGAUCCAGUCUUGCCAGCUAUACCUUCAUUGGCCGAAACCCUCCAUCAGCCACCUUGCCAACAUCACACAUCUAAAAACAUUUCCUGCUAAUCAAGUGCUGGUAAAGGAAGGAAAGGUCUGUCCAUUUGUUGUCUUCAUCGGACAUGGAGAAUGUAAUCUCCUCCAGGACGUUGGGUCGUUUAUAAAACCGAUGGACAAAAAGGGCUGCAAGAUCAAAUUGGUGGUGGUUGGUAAACUGGGGCCAAAGCAAUCAUUUGGAGAGGUCAGUAUCCUUAUGGAUCAGCCCUCCCCUUUCACUAUCAUCACCGCCACUGAAGUUCAUGGAGGAAUUAUCCAAGCAGAAUCUCUGAAAGGGCUGGAUGCAGUGACCACCUCUCUCAUACUACAGACGGCACAACCAAUAUGUGGAAAGCUCAGUAAGGAGGAAGUCACGAAGGAGUUCCUCACACAGGAGAGGAUGAAAAAAUGGGAACUUGAGAAGAAGAAGAUACUGUCUGAUAUAAUGGUACUGAUUUAUAAUGGUGUUCGCCCAGGAAAUGGCAAAUGGACGUAUAAUCGAGGACCACGAGCAGUAACUGGGAAGAUCAAGACAUACACAUGAAUACGGACAAAUAACGUAAUGAUAUGCACAUCUAGAUUCACCCACACAUUCAAACACAGGCUCAUCCAAACAAAUAUGAAGACGAAAACCAGGACUCGAAGGAAAUGUAUACAAAAAUUUCUCCACAUUUUUUUAUUCGGUUCUCCCAUAAGGUUUUGGAUCAAAGACUCCGACACACCUAUAAAUCUCUACAUAAGUAAAAUAAAGUUUUGCGGUUCUUAAUGCUUAAGGUUUGUUUUCCCAUGGGCAUAUGUUCAUAUUCUAGGUUUCUUUUAUUUUCAUGGUAGUCCUCAAAUCAUCUGGCCGAAUAUUUUGAGGCGACCUUUUAAAAUACAAUGUAAACAAUGUAAAGUGCAAAGGCUUUGAAACAACCUAUUUCAGACAAUUUAAAUGAUUGUGUGGCAUUUACCAGACGUCAUGGUAUUGCAUGCAUACUGUAAACCGUGAUGAUUUAGUUUUGUUGCAGCUGCCUUUUGUCGUCUCAUGUCUGACAGACCUUGA